AUGAAUUCUAAAUAUGGCUAAUAUUUUAAACUAUCCAAAUUGACAAAUGUCAUGAUGGAAUGUGGGUAAACUGGUUAUUAUUUAAGUAAAUUUUAAAAUAGAAUUGGAAUAGUUCAUGAAGGGAAUGAAUAUUAUUAUUUAACAUAUUUAGAAGAUAAUGUAUUUAUAUUUGAUACAAGUUUUUAAUACUUAACAGAAGAUGAAAAAGAAUAUGAAAUAUAAUAUGACAAUGAUUCUGAAAACGAAAACAAUUCUAAUUUGUAAGCUAAUUAAUCAAGAUCAUCUGUUCACAUAUAGAAAUUACUUUAUAGUUUUUGUGGUAAAGUUCUUUACUUUUUUUUGUGUUAAUAGCUUGGAUAAAUUUUACGAAUUGAAUUAAAAACAGAAAAUGAGAAAAUAUUUUAGAUUAAAAUGGAUUAUUUAGAAGAGAUGUGCUCUUAAAAGACAACCAAUUUUAUCAUUCUCUUGUACUCUUAACAUACUUUUGAAAUAAGAAAUACCUAGACAUUUGAUCUAAUUAACUAAAUAGAAUUGACUUUAUUUCCUAGUAUUGUAGAUAUGAAUCUAUUUAAUUCCAUAAUAAUCUUUGAAUUUGAUGAAGGAAUGCUUCAUUUUUUUUAAAUCAGACCAAAUAAAGUUCAUUAACUAUUUAUUUUGAAUGGAAAUUCUUGCAAAAUUUACUCAAAGCUUUUAGUUUUAAGAAAACAUUUACAAAAAUUUUAAUUUUAUUAUAAUAUCUCAAAACCUAAAUUGAUUCGUUAAGUCUAAUUAUAAACUAAAAAUUAAUCUACAUAUAAAUUUAUUGAAAAGGAUAAUUAGAUUUUUUUAAAAGAAAAAUCAUAAAAUUUUGUAAGACUUUCUUUUUAUAAAUGGUGGGUAGGUACUUUUAAAAAAAGCAGUCUUAUUAAAUAAUUAUUUGAAGGAUAAAUUACAUCUAGAGAAGCAAAAGAAAAAGUCUAUAUAUUAGAACUUAAAGCAAUAAGUUUAGAUAGUAUAGAAAAUGAGAAAAAUAUUCAAAGUUUCAGCUCUCCUUAUAGUAUCGUCUAUGAUAGAUAUGCUUGA